UUAUUUUAAUCUGAGCGGCUUUUAAAGUCUCCGACCCCAAGAACUCUUGGAAGCAAACUUGUCGAUAAUUUGAGGUGAUUGGUUUACAGAAUUCUUCCAGACUAAGUGGAGCUGGCGUAAACCAAGCGAAAGAUGAGUUUGAGGAUUAUUUGGGUUGUCUCGUGUAUCAUUCCACAAGUGGUGUUUUCCACCAACCAGUCGCUAAAGUCCCAGUCUCCGCAGAUCUCAAGCUGCGCGGUCAGUGGCGUCCCAGGUGUCCCUGGAGUGCCCGGGCUCAGUGGAAGAGAUGGGGCUAAGGGGGACCAAGGACUCGUAGGAGCCCCCGGUAAAAUGGGACCUCAGGGUCCUGGAGGGUCCAGAGGAAGCCAAGGACCCGUGGGACCACCUGGAAAGAUGGGCCCUAAAGGAACCCAAGGCGACAAAGGCGAAACAAGGCCGCUCGGCUGUGGUCCCUCAGAGGAACUGGAAACAGUGCGUCUGGAGCAAAUUGAACGAUGGCAGGGAUUACGGCUUGAUAAAGGAUUGUGUCUUUGUGAAGAAAAACCAAGACACGGCAUUGAAGGUGGAGUACGAUGGAGAUUUCCGGAUUUGUUGUUGUGUACUUUGCUGCAAGCGUUGGUAUUUCACCUUCAACAACGUGGAGUGUUCUAAACCAAUUACUAUCGAAGCGAUCGAAGUUAUUCAUACGAAUCACGGCAGAACAGACACCAACAUACACAGGCACAGUCAGAUCGGGGGGUACUGUGAGGGGAUUGGUAAAGGCACCGUACGCGUGGGAUUAGCGGUCGGAGAUUGCCCAGGUUACAAAAGCGGUUCUGACGCGUCUACCGGAUACAACUCAGUGGCUCGAAUCAUGAUCGAGGAAGUCCCUAGGCCACAGUAGCUGAACAACACAGUGAGCUCUGAAGGAAAACGAAGCCUUUCAUAGUUUACUUUACUUGGGCUGUUUUGAACUGUAGUAGAUAAAGUUAAAUUUUUGGCUAACUAAGAGCGGUGAUGGCAUGCUUUGAAAUGGUUCAACAAAGUGCUUCGAAAGACGGAGAACUUUUGACCAGUUUAUAUCUUGUCAUACAUUUUUUUUCCUUGCCGGUUAAAACAACGACCUUGAAGAAUCAAUAGUUCCAGCGUACUCAACCCUCAGUGAUACGAAAACAGGCAAUAUAGCCAGGAACCUAUAUACUUUUUGUUGCUGUUUUUGGAAGUGGUUAGGACAACCGAAGAACUGGUCAUAAAAAAUACUGUGACAAGCCCUCGAUAGGAAAAAUACUUCACACUAGCUAAUCCCAUUUUAAAAAGGUGGCUUUUUGGUGUAUACGGUUUUUUCUUUGAGGCCAAAAAUUAACCCUUGAUACACGAAGGAAGUAGUAUUUUUUCUCUCAAAAAAACCAAACUUGGUAGAUGUCAACCAACAAUUUAUCAGCUAGUUUGUGAAAGCUAUUAGAAGUUCAUCACCGAGCAAAAUAUAGUAGAACCCCGGUAACUCGAACUCUAAAGGGAAACGAAUAACAGUUCGAGUUUGCUGGGGUUCGAGUUAUCGGGGUCGAUUGAAUAUUCAACUUGCCAUGUUAAUAAUUGAUAGUUAACUGAUUUUUCAGCACUUAGUAUACAGUGACAGCUAAAGGCACCGCAGCCAGUAUGACUCAUAACAUCGGGAAAUGACUGUCAAAAAUGCGAACGGUCGGUUGCACCAAUUAAAAUCAAAUUGCUGUGGUGUUAGUUUCGAGCGUUUUUACCGAUUACACGACACAAAAAGCUAAUAGGAUGACAUCCCUUGUGAGUUACAUGAAACAGAAUUCGAGUUAUCGGGGUAAAUUUUUAUCAAGGGAAACGAAAUUUAGUUCGAGUUAGCGGGGAA